AUGUCGUUGAAGACGGCCCCUAUCACGCAGGCGCCGUUCUUCUACCCUGCAGGAAACACGCCAGCCGUGUGUCUCACGCAGUCUCUCCCGCCGGAGCAAGACGCUGCUCUCCUUCUGCUGGGCUGUGGCGACAUCCGGAACAUCCUGUUCACUGUGUAUGGAGGGGUUGGUCUAGGUGGCAGGACACUCGAUUUCACUUGCUGCGAUAUCGAGGCCGAAACUAUUGCGCGCAAUGUUCUCAUAUUGACAUUAAUUCUUGACGAUGUUAAAGGUGUCCACAUUCAACAGAUAUGGAACGUCUAUUAUCACGUCUUCAUAGACGCUGACUCUUUGGCACUCCUACAAGGCCAAGCUGAAAAGCUUUUGGGUCACGCCGCAUCUCUGGACAUUUGGCAUUCAAGCCCAUACGGAAAGAACAUCCGGUUCUGUGACAGCACGACCUUUCGCAAUGUUGUCAAGCUUUGGAAAUUAUACGCCAUCGACGUGUCCGACCAGCCACGUUACACAAAAGUGCAGAAGAUUGUCAAAGGCCAAUGGGAGGCAGCUAAGCGUUAUAAAAGGGUAGUCGUGCCUGGAUAUGGGCCUGGACUCAAAGGUCAUCAUUCUGUGGCUCCGCUACUACUUGCUGGACUUUCUGAAGGACCCAAGCAACAUCGAGUGUAUUGGGCAAGUGGCACAUGUCUGGAAGAUAAGAAAGCUAUCCAAAAGCUUACAGUUGCCAAUCCCAUGUUCAUUUGCCGAAGCGGUCUGAUACUCCAUUCCGGUAACGAUCCUCUGCGUGGAUUUCAUCUCUCCAUCUUGUAUUCACGGCUUGCGGCGGGCUUACCGAUAACAAACCCAGACGCGACAACUACGUCGGCAAAAGCGCUACCUAAAGGGCUGAAGACUGCAUUGACAGAGCUUGCUUCAUGGUGUGAAGCCUUGCGAGAUGCAGCUGCACAAGUCACUAUUCGAUACGUCAACUCGGAUGCCAUAGCUUUCUGUCAUACUCUUCGUCACCACCGCACGAACGGUGAGUCGCAAUCGGCCCAUUGGUACCGAGCCAGUUGGAAAUAUGAAAGCCUAGUGCUUGAUACAGCUGACUACAAGUUGAACGGCCAUGCGCCAACAACUUUCGACGUGAUCGACACCUCGAAUCUGAUCGACUAUCUCGGUAGUCUGAACUUGUUGGUCGCAACCGCUCCGCUUCUUACGCCAAAGCCAACGUCAACUUUGCGAACAGAAAUGCUUGUGCCACGAGAGUCUAACGUUACUGGUUCUGCGAAAACUUUAUUAAGCGGCGAUCUUCCCACAGUGGCGCUUCUACUUGGACUCAAACCAGUACAAUACUGGACAAAUGCAACAGCGACUUGGAAUCCCAACGACCCCUUCCUGGAAGAUAUUCCCGACGGUAAAAUCAUCAGUCACGUUCUGUCUCGACAAAUCAUACUUUGGAAGACGGCGAACAUCUCUCACAUCCGAUACAAUCCAGUCGAACUAGCCAAAUUCAUGUUUAAUGUCUACCUAGAGAUGUUCCAAGAUGAGAAUGAGACUCGACUGUUGGAAACACUCGCCACGAAAGAUCAAGGUCUGCUGAAGAAGCUUAGCUUUCUAGAUCUAUAUACCCGAGCAAGUCUAGCUGUCAUUCUACGAUAUCUUAGGGAGACAGAGGUAGUCGACUGGCAUCCUUUCAUCACACAGCUUACCAAAUUGAUUCGAACUGAUCGUAAUCUUGUUACGGGACUUCAUCAUUUCCACUCAUUGUUGGUUCAUUUCGACCUGUUUGGGAUUUCGGCGUUGGAACAACCUCCGUCUUUCCAACAUGAUCUGGCACGCGGUCCUUUCCGUAACUGGAAAGAGAUGCCAACAACAGUUUGUCUCACUCUUGUCGUACCUCACGCAGUGGUCGCAGCGUUUGGCAACAUCAACAACGGUAACGGGACGCCACUAUGUUACCUACAAACUCAGUCAUCCAUAUCGAUGGGUCAGUCCAACUAUCCAGAUGUACAGCUAGGAUUUGGAACGGUUACGACUUCCGGAACACCAUAUACUGAUGACUAUACCAUAAGCGUAAAAGAUGACCCGACCGGGUAUAACGGAAAGUCACCUUUGAUAAUAUCAGCCAUGGUGUCUACUCUUGCACUUACGGAACUUGGAGAUCCAGCUUGUGGUGUCGGAUUCUUCCUCAAGUCAACGCUACCAAAUCUACAAAAAUUCAUCUUCACAUAUGGCAUGUUUUUAGAACUGUAUACGUCGUCCGUCGGGAGAAAGGAUGUUUUUGUCACCAGACAUCGACCGAACAUGACCGGUCAUAUUUCCAUGCAGUGCAAGUCGAGUUUGGCGACGGGAAAUGAUGAUGAUAUUACUGUUGCAAUUCGGCCUUUCUUUGACACCGCUGCUACAAAGAUAGUUUCAUUGCAGAUUCGUUACGACAUCGAAUCAUCGAUCGCUAGAUUACCACUUCAAAACGCUGAGGCAGUCAUAAUUGAGCCCUCGAAUCCGUUUACACUAGCCCUGAAUAUUGGCGACAUAUACUGCAAAAAGUUGGAACUGCCACUGCCGCUUGACAACGAUUGCGGCAAGACGAGGAUUUCAGUCAACGCAUUAUGGGUCGACUACACCGCGCCAGUAGCAGAACCCGAACGUCUUGCCUUACGUGCGGACUCGAUGUUCCCUGUCAAGACAGAUCAUGGGCUCCAACUUUCGCUCGAGCACCUUCAUUACGUUCACCCUGAUGUCCUUCCGAAAGUGUACAUUGGAAGGAGCAAUUCGGAUGCCCAUUGGGUAGCGAUGCUGACCUCACUGCCAGCCAUAAUGUCAGAGACGGAGCGGGCGGAGUUCGAGAGAGCUACUACCAGCGACAUUACCGUCAAUACAGGACGUGUAGGCCUGAAGAAGUCGAUAUCUGCAAUGCACAGGGAGGUGUUCGGCAUUCAAAGCAUGGCAAAGGCAGUCAUCUUCGGCCUGCGAGACAGCUCACGAGAUUUCGCCACUCUCUACGUCGACGCAGUUCGCCUGGAUGUAUCAAAUCAAACAAUCUUCAUGGACGCGGCUUUGGUUCAACACGGCGACCAUCUUGGGCCUGAGUUCAGUAGGGCGAAUGCGGACACGGGAGAUAUAACAGACGUCACUCUCCAAACUGACAUUAACGAGGCUGCUUUCUGGAAACAUCUGUUGCCUGCAUUUGCCGAGCGGUGUCGUACAUGGAAGCACAAACCAACGUGUGAGUACAGGGGAGGAAAGAUGCCGCUUUCGACAGAGUCCAACAAACGUUACAUGUGUAGCUGUGGCGACGGUGUGUUCCCUGAUGGGUACCUGAAGAACAUCAAGCAGUUCAAGGCUAUGUCGAAUCACGCUGUGCGAGUUGCCAUCCCGGUUAUCUACACCUCGCCCAUCAGCAAUCACGAGCCCGUCCCCGCAUCUUUGUUGUUUCGAACCUUUGGCAGGUUACACAUGCAGCAGCUUGGCUCGAGGAUCUUGAGGUCUUGCUGUAAUCUUGCUUCUGGGUGCAAGUUCGCGCAGUAUUAUUCUGCGUCUUGCCAGACCAAGGACUGGAAGGAGGGACACAAGCAGAUCUGCAAGCAGCUGAAGCAGAUUCAAUAG